AUGGCCAAAUCAGCCUACGACAAAGAACUAUUAGAACCUAGUCAAGAAGAGACUGGUAAUAAGGUAAUGAUGGAGGGGCCCUGGGAACAGCCGAAGCGCAGUGAAGAUGCCGCAGCUGGGCCUGGAGAUGAUAGGGAGUGCGGUGAAGAAGCCGCCGCUGGGCCAGAGGAAGAAGGGGAAAAAGGUGAAGAUGCUGAUGCUGGGUCAGGGGAAGGCAGGGGAAAAGGUGAAGAUAGUGAUGAGGACUCAGACCCAGACGGUCCAAAAGGACUUAUUGGCUAUCUUUUAGAUACAGACUUUGUUGAAAGUUUACCUGUGAAAGUUAAGUACCGUGUCUUAGCCCUCAAAAAACUUCAAACUAGAGUGGCCAAUCUAGAAUCCAAAUUUCUAAGGGAAUUUCAUGGCAUUGAUAGAAAGUUUGCUGAAAUUUAUCAACCCUUACUGGAAAUAAGACAUCAGAUCAUCAAUGCAAUCUAUGAACUUACACAAGAGGAAUGUGAAUAUAAAGCAAACUCUGAGGACUAUGAUGAGAUGUGUGAUGAAGAGAUGUAUGGUAAUUAGGAGGGUCUUGUACAUGAAUACAUGGAUGAGGAUGAUGGUUAUGAGGAAGAUUAUUAUGAUUAUGCUAUUGAUGAUGAUGAUGACGACGACAAUGAUGAUGACACUGAAGCUACCGGAGAAGAGAAUAAAGAGGAUCCUAAAGGAAUUCCUGAUUUUUCUGUCUUAAAAAACAUUGACACACUCACUCCUUUGAUUCAGCAGUAUGAUGAGCCUAUUCUAAAGCUCCUGAACGAUAUUAAGGUGAGGCUUUCAGAUCCUGGUGAGCCCCUCAGUUUUACUCUAGAAUUUUAUUUCAAACCCAAUGAUUAUUUCAAAAAUGAGCUGUUGACAAAGACUUAUGUGCUGAAAUCAAGGCCAGCAUUUUAUGAUCCCCAUCCCUAUAGGGGAGCUGCAAUUAAGUAUUGUACAGGCUGUGAGAUAGACUGGAAUGACAGAAAGAAUGUCACUUUGAGAACCAUCCAGAAGAAGCAGAAACACCGAGUCUGGGGAACAAUCUGAACUGUGACUGAAGAUUUUCCCAAGGAUUCGUUCUUCAAUUUCUUUACUUCUCAUGGUAUCAGCUCAAAUGAAAAAGAUGGAAAUGAUGAUUUUUUACUGGGUCACAAUUUACAUACCUACAUAAUCCCAAGAUCAGUAUUAUUUUUCUCAGGUGAUGCACUUGUAUCUCAGCAGGAGGGGGUAGUUAGGGAAGUUAAUGAUGCAAUUUAUGACAAAAUUAUUUAUGAUAAUUGGAUGGCUGCAAUUAAGGAAGUUAAAGCCUGUUGCAAAAAUCUUGAGGAUGUAGAAGACAUUGAUCGCUAA